AUGUUAGAAACCCAGAUCUCCCAAGUAGCCCAACAACAAGCCACAAUAGCAGCCUCAACUGGAGCAUAUCCUGGUCAACCUCAACCAAAUCCAAAAGGCCACGCUAACGCUAUCACACUUCGGAGUGGAACAAAAUUAGAUGAACCAAUUGAUCCCAGAAUCCAAAACCUGACCAUGCAUCAAAAUUCCGGUAAGGGAUCCGAAAAGGUAAACGAACCAACCAAGGAUGGAAAGAAAGACGAGAGCGAAGCCAUUACACAAAUGCCUUCGUAUGCUAAAUUCCUUAAAGGGAUUUUAUCCAACAAGAAAAAUCUUGAGGAUGAUGAAACCGUUAUGCUUACUGCAGAAUGCAGCGCUAUCAUUCAAAACAACAUGCCUCAUAAACUAAAAGACCCUGAUAGUUUUUCCAUACCAUGUGUAAUCAGAAAGUUUAUCAUAGACAAAGCUUUAUGCAAUUUAGGAGCCAAUGAGGAUUCCCAUAUCCCUAUUAUCUUAGGAAGUCCCUUUUUAGCCACAACCGGAGCCAUCAUAGAUGUGAAGAAAGGAAGGCUAACAUUCGAAGUCGGAGAAGAAAAGGUUAAAUUUCUCUUAGCUAAAUUCCUACAAGCACCAGCUAUAGACGAAUCAUGUUAUUUCUUAGACGUCAUCGAUGAAUGUGUGAAAGAAAUGGAUAAGGAAUCAUUUAAGUAUACUGAAGUACUGAAGAUUCCAACACCUCCUAUAUUCGAAGCGAUGAAUAAAGUGAGCCAUAAGUAG